AUGUCUGUUUGUACGAUAUUAUUUAUUGCUACCAUUACCGUUUCGUGGUCCAAUAUACCAAUCACAGCUAUGAACAUUCUUGCUAUAGAGCCAGUUACAGGUAGAAGCCAUUGGAAUUUCAUGAGCGCACUUCUCCGUGCUUUGACAGACAAUGGCCAUCGCAUUACUGCAUUUACUCCACUCCCCGACGGAGAGCGAAUCAACUAUACGGAGAUCGACAUAUCAAAUGAAAUUUCUGCGAUGGAUGUCGGUAUUGACUCCCAUUUCGUAAUGGAAAACUUUAGAAAAUCUACGGUAAUGAUACCUUUGGUCAUGAACUGGACCCGUUGCAUUUGCAGUAUCAUAUAUGAACAUCCUAAGAUGAAAAAUAUCAUACUUAAUAAUAAACAGUUUGAUUACGAUUUAAUUAUUGUCGAACGAGCUGCAUCGGAAUGUGUCACUUACAUAGCCGCCAAAUUGGAUAUACCGAUCAUAUUCUCGUCCCCCUCACCGUUGAAAACGACAAUUGAAUAUAGCAUAAUAGGAAACGGUCCCAAUCCAGCAUCCGUGUCACAUAUAAUGGCCUAUCACUCCGUUCCCAAGACGUUUUUUCAACGAUUAACGAAUUCUCUAUUAUACGCCUAUAGCUCAUUUUUAAGUAUACAAAAAGAAACUGAAAUGAAGAUAAAUAACCCUGGUGAGCACGAUUUAAUGGAACCAGUUAAACCAUCUAUCGUGUUUCUUAAUACCCAUUACAUUACUGAAGCACCAAGACCGUUUCCACCAAACGUAAUACAAGUAGGUGGCAUUCAUUUACAAUCGCCCAAAAAAGAUAUACCCACGGAUAUUUUAGAAUACAUCGAUAAUUCGCCGCAUGGAGUAAUUUACUUCACUUUUGGAUCGAUCGUGGAAAUGUCAACGUUGCCGGACCAUAUCCAAAACGCAUGUAAAGACGGCCUGUCGAAAGUUCCUCAGAGAAUAUUAUGGAAGUAUGAAGGCGAAAUGAAAAACAAACCAAUAAAUGUGAUGACACGUAAAUGGUUUCCUCAACGUGAAAUACUAUUGCAUCCAAAAGUAAAAUUAUUCAUCAGUCACGGAGGUAUAUCUGGUGUAUAUGAAGCUAUAGAUGCCAGUGUUCCAGUUCUUGGACUUCCCGUAUUCUAUGAUCAACCUAGAAAUAUAGAAAAUUUAGUGGACGCAGGAAUGGCAAUUUCUAUAGACUUAUUAUCUGUAACUAAAGAAAAUAUUUUUAAUGCGGCUAAUAAAUUAAUUAACAAUAAAAAAUAUCGGAAAAACGCCAAUUUAGUUUCUAAUCGUUUCAAAGAUCGACCUAUGACUCCAGCAAGAUCGGUUGUUUAUUGGACAGAAUAUGUUUGUCGUCAUAAAAGUACACCUCACUUAAAAUCUUACGCAUUCAAUCUGACGUGGUAUCAAUACUAUCUUUUGGACGUGAUUGCUGUUAUGCUAUUAUUAAUUAUAUCUACCGUUUAUAUCACUUAUAAAAAACUGAUAUAG